AAGACCUUGUCUUGGUAAAGAGAGCCCUGAGCUCGGGUUUGCCUCGGCCGGCGGAGAAGCCGGGCCCGAGUAGCGCUACCCCUGGGCGGGCCAGUGGCCGGGAGAGCGAGGGCCCCCGGGGGCCGGGGGCUGCCAGGCCUGACCGCAGGGUCACAGCGGACGCGGAAUUGGGACGAGGGGUGGUAUAGGGCGCCCCCUCCACACCUCUGCCUUCGGGUGGAAUUUGAGCCGUGGUCCGGUUCUGUUCCCCGGAAGAGGUCUUGUUUGAGGUGCAGGGCACAGCGUGUAAACAGCCCUUUGGACUCCUGUGCCCUUGAAGUUGGUUCCCAGUCUGUCCUCCUGCUCAUGCCCUGAGCAAAGCUCAGGAGCCUUCUCACUUCACCUUCCAGUCACUUCCCUGCCCUCCUGCCAUUCCUAGUUUUAGUUCAUUAAAAUCAGAAUGUCAUGCCUCUUCCCGAAGGAGUUGGGUCGCACGGUGUUCAGGCUUGGCAAAACCAAAGCAGUGAACCCCCAAGGGAGGAACUUCAGACCAGGGGGAAGAUGUAUAGGGGGAGCGGGGAGGAACUUACCAAGUGGGAGUAGAGGGGUUGUGGCAGAAUCCGAGGCCCUCUUGGCAUUGGCCUUUAGGGUCCCAGUGCAGCCAAUUUGGUCUCAAGGCUUUGUGACGCCGAGUUGGGAGUGAUUCACAGGUCUAGGAGGUCAGAUCAUAGGCUCUUGGGAUGCUUUGAUCUAAACUCCUGACUAGAAGCAAAGCACUUCAGAGCAUCACAAAAAUAAAACCUGAUCAUGGGAGAAAGCAGGGUCAUGAUCUUGCUGUAGGGCUCCAGAUUAAAUGAUUUACUAGUAUAUAUACCUCAGGAUCUAAAUUUUGCUUCCGGAGUUGUUGUGGAUUAGUGAAUAAAGUCCUGGUAGCCAAGUAGUUCUUAUUUAGUCAUAAGUUAUGAAUCAGAUGAAAUUUUAGUCCCCUCAUCAAAAAAAUGUCCACACACACACACACACACACAAGGGGAAUUUGAAAAUAAGCCCAAGUGGUUCACAAAGACCACCGAGAGGCUUCAUACAGCUGCAUCUUUGAAUUCCUGAUUUAAUCGAGUUCUCUUUACAGAUAAGGAAACAAAUGUGGAGAGGAAGUGAUUGGCCACGGUCACACAGUUUAGGAGAAUGAAUUAAAAUGCAAGUUUUCAGAUCCCCAGUUAAGUAGUCUUUAUAAUGAGAUGUUUUUUUACAGGCUUUUCAAACUACACUGCUAAACUGUAUUCGGUGGUCCCAAAUACCUUCAAUAAAGAGAUUUCUAAUAAAGAAAACCUUUUCAUAUUGGUGGGCUGAAUGGGCAUGGCUAACUGCUAAAAUACUGGGUAUUAGUGAGAGUUUUUGAGUAUUUUAAUAUGCCUGUACUUUCCUUGCAAACUAGCCAAACCAUUUUUAUUUCAGAAUGUAAAUUUUGGCAAGUAGAAUGAAAAUCCCUCAAACUCAUCUUUUGCUUCUCAUUCCCACUUGCUCAAGUAUGCUAUAUCCUUUGUGCCUGCAAGUAUCCCAUGUUAGAAGGGAUUGAUGGAGCAGAUAUUCCGGUUUUUAUAGUGAGAAAUCCAGGAAGAGUGAGGGUCACACCACAAGUACAUGGUAGAGCCCAUAGCUGAGCCUUGGAUUUUCUGGACCCCUAGCUUCUGAAUAUUUGUACCAGAUGAUUCUGUGGUCCCCAUACCUUGGUUCCUAACUACAGAUGCACACACACACACACACGAUGUAGAUAGGUAGAUACAAAGGCCACCCCAAACCAAAUAAGUCAGAAUCUCUGAAAGUGAGGCCAGGUUUGGGAAUCACUUGCUCUACCCUGUGUUGGCAGAAGUGAACCUAAAUCCAGGACAGUCCCUUGGUAAUGUCCAGGGCUCCAGAAAGAGAAAGAGAUGUCCUUGUGGCUGGAGGCCCCUGUGCCUAAUGUUUCUCCUGACUCUGCAGUGGAGCUGUGGGAACCAGAUGCACAAGAUGCAAACAGCCGGGCGCUGAGAGGCAGCAACUGCAUCCUCAGGGAGGAAGCCAGCAUGCCCCAAUCAGCGGGGGGCCCUUCGGGGGCAGGGUUGGAGGUGGCAGAUCCCACAGCCCUGCUCCCAGGAGUGGAAGUCCUUCCAGAGUCUACAGAGCUCCGUCCACAAAAGCGGAAAAAGGGGCCAGCCCCCAAAAUGCUGGGGAAUGAGCUGUGCAGUGUGUGUGGGGACAAGGCCUCUGGCUUCCACUACAACGUGCUGAGCUGUGAGGGCUGCAAGGGAUUCUUCCGCCGCAGUGUCAUCAAAGGGGCGCGCUACAUCUGCCACAGCGGGGGCCACUGCCCCAUGGACACCUAUAUGCGUCGCAAGUGCCAGGAGUGUCGCCUUCGCAAAUGCCGCCAAGCUGGCAUGCGGGAGGAGUGUGUCCUGUCAGAAGAACAGAUCCGACUGAAGAAACUGAAGCGGCAAGAGGAGGAACAGGCUCAGGCCACAUCCGUGCCCCCAAGAGCAUCCUCACCUCCCCAAGUCCUGCCCCAACUCAGCCCAGAGCAACUGGGUAUGAUUGAGAAGCUAGUGGCUGCCCAGCAACAGUGUAACAGACGCUCCUUUUCUGACCAGCUUCGCGUCACGCCUUGGCCCAUGGCACCAGAUCCCCAGAGCUGGGAGGCCCGUCAGCAGCGCUUUGCCCACUUCACUGAGCUGGCCAUCGUCUCUGUGCAGGAGAUCGUUGAUUUUGCCAAACAGCUGCCCGGCUUCUUGCAGCUCAGCCGGGAGGACCAGAUCGCCCUGCUGAAGACCUCCACUAUUGAGGUGAUGCUUCUGGAGACAUCUCGGAGGUACAACCCUGAGAGUGAGAGUAUCACCUUCCUCAAGGAUUUCAGUUAUAACCGGGAAGACUUUGCUAAAGCAGGACUGCAAGUGGAGUUCAUCAACCCCAUCUUCGAGUUUUCCAGAGCCAUGAAUGAGUUGCAGCUCAAUGAUGCCGAGUUUGCCUUGCUCAUUGCCAUCAGCAUCUUUUCUGCAGACCGGCCCAACGUGCAGGAUCAGCUCCAGGUAGAGAGGCUGCAACACACAUAUGUGGAGGCCCUGCAUGCCUAUGUCUCCAUCCACCACCCCCAUGACCCACUCAUGUUCCCACGGAUGCUAAUGAAGCUGGUGAGCCUCCGAACACUGAGCAGCGUCCACUCAGAGCAAGUGUUUGCGCUGCGCCUGCAGGACAAAAAGCUUCCCCCGCUGCUCUCUGAGAUCUGGGAUGUGCACGAAUGACUGUCCUCGGCUGGCUGAGGCCUGGCUGGCUGAGGUCCCGCUGGCGGCGGCCUAGAGGUGGAACAGACUGAGAAGGGCAAACAUUCCUGGGCGCUGUGCAAAAGAGAUCCUCACGUGGCAUUAAAGGAGAGUAACGGGUUGGGAGUUUUGUGACUGCUGGGCACCGAGGGUCCUGCCAAAGCUGUGCUCCAUUUGAACACUGUACUGGCCUGAUCAAAAGGAUGAACCUGGGGGCCACUUUGCACAAGGUUCUCCAGGCCCUGCCUCUCCUGCCUCCACCACUUCCUGUUUUCCCCACAGGGCCCCUAGAGAAAUUCUCACUGUCACGCUGCGGCUUGACCAUAAAUGCCUCCGGGCUGCCUCCCUGA